UGAUCUAGAGAAUGCAGCAUUGUCUGGUAAACUUGUCCCACAACUUGGACAACUUGUAAAUCUGCAGUACUUAUGCUUGUAGGAUUGAAGUUUGUUCAUGACAGGGAGCUUGAUAGGAAUAACUUCAAUGGAACUAUUCCCAGUGACCUUGGGAAUCUGACAAAUUUGGUUAGCUUGGAUCUCUAUUUGAAUGGCUUCUCUGGUUCCAUUCCUGACAGCUUGGGGAAGCUGACAAAGCUGCGGUUCCUCCGGCUUAACAACAACAGCUUAACGGGUGAAAUUCCAAUGUCUUUGACAGAUUUAACCGCCCUGCAAGUUCUGGAUCUAUCUAAUAACCGCUUAUCAGGUGUUGUACCAGACAAUGGCAGCUUUUCAUUGUUCACUCAUAUUAGUUUUGAUAAUAACUUGGAUUUGUGUGGCCUGGUUACUGGACAUCCUUGCCCAGGAUCUGCUCCGUUUUCUCCACCCCCUCUGUCUUCUCCAGCCUCUGUCUCGUCUCCAGGAGGAAAUACAGCCCCUGAAGUGAUUGUUGUUGCUGCUGCUUUAUUGUUUGCUUCACCGGCCAUUGGGUAUCCAUGGUGAUGCAGUCACAUGAAAUUUGUGGGGUUGGGGGUAUCAAGACUUUUGAGAUUUUCAAGUUAGAAUGUGAUGCAGUCACAUGAAAUUAGGGGUUUGGUAAUAUUUAGUAAGAUUUUUGCCUUCUUUUUAUAUUAGAGAAGUUGGAUGUUUGUAAGUGUUUUCAUUUAGUUUCCUCAUUUAUUUUCGUUAUGUUGACACGAUAGGGGUAAUGUCCCUAUGGUUUAGUAUAGUUGAGUUGUAUUUCUUUUCCUUAUUUAUUUCAUUUCCUUGUACAUGAAAUAACUCGGCUUCCUUGUGAACGAAGAAAAUAAGGGGCAAAUCUAAUGCGAGCAUAGACUUGAGUGUUCCCAA